CUGGAUGCAAAUUUCCCCUUUCGCUGCGCAACUCCAAAAGUCCAAGAGAAUUUAAUGUCUACGUCUUCAACUCUCUCCCACGCGCUUGACCUGGUGGCUUGAUCCUCUAUUCCCGAAUUCCUGCUUCGUCCGCUUCCCGGCUGUUCGACAUGGCGCCCUCCACCAAGGCGAAGGUGGUCCUCGAGAAGGAGGACCACGCGCGCGACGCGGCCUUCAUGAAGGCCCUUCACGGCAAGUCGACCGAGGCGGCGGGUGGCUUCGCUGCUAUGCUCUCCAAGGACCGCCAAGCCAAGAAGGUCGCAGUGGACGAAUACUUCAAGCACUUCGACAACAAGCGCGCCGAGACAGAGACCGACGCCGACAGAGAGGCCCGGACAAAAGAGUAUGCGAGCUUGACAAGACACUAUUACAACCUGGCGACGGAUCUGUACGAGUAUGGCUGGGGCCAGAGCUUCCACUUCUGCCGGUAUUCUGUCGGCGAGCCCUUCUACCAGGCCAUUGCGCGCCACGAGCACUACCUCGCCUCGAAGAUCGGCAUUCAAGCCGGCAUGAAGGUUCUUGACGUUGGUUGCGGUGUUGGCGGGCCCGCGAGAGAGAUCGCCAAGUUCACCGACGCGCACAUCACCGGCCUCAACAACAACGACUACCAGAUCGAGCGUGCCAGGCGCUACGCUGCGAAGGAGGGCCUGUCGAACCAGCUCGAGUUCGUCAAGGGCGACUUCAUGCAAAUGCAUUUCCCCGACAACUCGUUCGACGCCGUCUAUGCCAUCGAGGCCACCGUCCACGCGCCCAAGCUGGUCGGCGUCUACAGCGAGAUCUACCGGGUGCUGAAGCCCGGCGGUGUCUUUGGCGUGUACGAGUGGUUGAUGACGGACAACUACGACAACGACAACCUGGAGCAUCGCGACAUCCGCCUCGCGAUCGAGGAGGGCAACGGCAUCUCGAACAUGGUCAAGAUCUCGGAGGCCCUCGAGGCGAUGAAGGAGGCCGGUUUCGAGCUGCUCCACCACGAGGACCUCGCCAAGCGGCCCGACCCCAUCCCGUGGUACUGGGGCAUCGCCGGCGAGCUCAAGUACAUGCAGUCGUACUGGGACCUGUUCACCGUCCUUCGCAUGACCCACGCCGGCCGCAGGGUGGUACACGUCUUCACCGGCCUGCUCGAGACCAUCGGUCUGGCGCCCAAGGGCACCAAGAAGACGGCCGACUCGCUCGCCAAGGGCGCCGACGGCCUCGUGGCCGGCGCCAAGAAGGACCUCUUCACCCCGAUGUACCUGAUGGUCGGCCGCAAGCCUGCCAACUAGACGGUCCAUCAUGGACAGUGUUGCACACGCUACGAUGGGAUGACAAAAGGACGGCAUGGUAAUCACGCGCAUGAGCAGAUGCAGGGAGGGGAUGGGUGCCUCCGGAGUGAUAAUCCGGAGUGGUAUAAUCACUAGUAAUACUUGCGGUCCGACGACAUCGUCCGGCGCUGCCUUUGGGUAUAUACCGUAAUGAUAGACUACUCAACC